UAGACAAUGUCAUGUAUGUAAGCUUUUUCAAGCUUCACGAAAACAACGGACUAGUGCUGUGUGUAUGGAAGUGUGUUAGACUGAUUGCGCCGCAAGUAAUUUUUCUGUGUACCGUAUGAGGUGAGGAAUGAAUGUGAAUAAAUCAAUUUAAGUGGCUAAAAGGGGAACAAAUUUUAUUUAAGUUGCAACAAAGUCAGAAUGGAUAGUUUAGAGCAACAAGCUUCUAAACUCUUGGACUUUAAUCAGAAAUUAGACAUAAAUUUACUUGAUAAUAUCGUGGGAUGUUUGUAUUCAUCAGUAGGAGAGCAGCAACGCAUUGCCCAGGACAUACUGACCGCUCUUAAAGAACAUCCUGAUGCCUGGACUCGUGUUGAUACUAUAUUAGAAUAUUCUCAGAAUCAGGAAACAAAAUAUUAUGCUUUACAAAUAUUGGAGCAAGUCAUACAGACUAGAUGGAAAGUGUUACCAAGAAAUCAGUGUGAAGGGAUUAAAAAAUAUAUUGUCGGUCUAAUUAUUAAAAAUUCAUCUGACCCUAGUGUUAUGGAAAACAACAAAGUAUAUUUGAAGAAACUCAACAUGAUAUUGAUUCAGGUGUUAAAAAGAGAAUGGCCCCACAACUGGGAAACUUUCAUUAGUGACAUUGUGGGUGCUUCUAAGACAAAUGAGAGUCUUUGUCAAAAUAACAUGGUAAUUUUGAAACUAUUAAGUGAAGAAGUGUUUGUGUUUAGUACAGGACAACUCACACAGACAAAAGCGAAACAUCUCAAAGAUACAAUGUGCUCAGAAUUCAGUCAAAUUUUUCAGCUAUGUCAAUUUGUACUCGAAAACUCCCAAAAUGCACCAUUAGUUGAUGCAACACUUCACACUUUGCUACGAUUUUUGAAUUGGAUACCUCUUGGGUAUAUAUUUGAAAUGAAAUUAAUAAGCACUCUCAUAUUUAAAUUUCUGAAUGUGCCUAUGUUUCGUAAUGUCACAUUGAGCUGUUUGACAGAGAUUGCUGGAGUUAUAGUUAGCAAUUAUGAGGAACAAUUUGUAGCAUUGCUUGUGCAAACCAUGGAACAACUAGAGGUAAUGCUUCCACUUACAACCAACAUUCGUGAAGCUUAUGCAACUGGUAGACAUCAAGAACAAGUAUUUAUACAAAAUUUAGCCUUGUUUUUGUGCACAUAUUUAAAAGAGCAUGGAGAGCUUAUUGAAAGAAGAGGCCUCACAAAUACUCUGAUGAAUGCACUUCGCUAUCUGGUUCUAAUAUCAGAAGUAGAAGAAGUGGAAAUAUUUAAAAUUUGUUUGGAGUACUGGAAUGCAUUAGCUACUGAUUUAUAUAAAAUGUCUCCAUGUUCACAUUCCUCCAGUUUAUACAGUAUGGGUAAGAGUGUGGGCAGAAAAGCUUUAUAUGCCGAAGUUCUCAGUAGUGUGCGUUAUAUAAUGAUAUCACGAAUGGCAAAGCCAGAAGAAGUAUUGGUAGUUGAAAAUGAAAAUGGAGAAGUUGUGAGAGAAUUCAUGAAAGAUACUGACUCAAUAAAUCUGUAUAAGAAUAUGCGAGAAACAUUAGUUUAUUUAACCCAUUUGGAUUACCAGGACACAGAACGCAUCAUGACCGAAAAAUUGCAGAAUCAAGUUAAUGGUACUGAGUGGUCAUGGAAAAAUCUAAAUACACUGUGUUGGGCUAUAGGUUCCAUUUCUGGAGCCAUGAUGGAAGAAGAUGAGAAACGUUUUUUGGUUGUUGUUAUCAAAGAGCUAUUGGGUUUAUGUGAACAGAAAAAGGGCAAAGACAAUAAAGCCAUUAUUGCCAGCAAUAUUAUGUAUGUUGUUGGUCAAUAUCCUCGUUUCUUACGUGCUCACUGGAAAUUCUUGAAAACUGUUGUAAAUAAACUUUUUGAGUUCAUGCAUGAGACUCAUGAUGGUGUGCAAGAUAUGGCAUGUGACACAUUUAUAAAAAUUGCUCUCAAAUGUCGACGUCACUUUGUCACUACUCAAGUUGGAGAAGCUUGCCCUUUUAUUGAAGAAAUAUUAAGUACAAUCAGCACUAUUAUCUGUGACUUACAAACCCUUCAAGUCCAUACAUUCUAUGAGGCUGUGGGAUACAUGAUCAGUGCUCAGAUUGAUCAAGUUGCUCAAGAGCAAUUAAUUGAAAAAUACAUGCUGCUUCCCAAUCAAGUUUGGGAUGACAUUAUAUCACAAGCUUCUCAUAAUGUGGAUAUACUUAAAGAUACAGAAGCUGUCAAACAACUUGUCAGUAUUCUUAAAACUAAUGUGCGUGCAUGUCGUGCUUUAGCACAUCCAUAUGUUGUGCAGCUGGGUAGAAUAUAUUUGGACAUGUUAAACGUAUACAAGGUAAUGUCUGAGAAUAUCAGUCAAGCUAUUGCCUUGAAUGGUGUUGCAGUCACUAAACAGCCACUCAUUAAGAACAUGAGAAUAAUUAAAAAAGAGACACUGAAACUGAUAGCAAGUUGGGUAUCACGAUCUACUGACAAUAGUAUGGUUCUCGAAAAUUUUAUUCCACCACUACUUGAUGCUGUCCUAUUGGAUUAUCAACGAACUACAGUACCAGAAGCACGAGAGCCAGAAGUUUUGUCUUGUAUGGCUGCAAUUGUCUAUAAACUGGGAGGGCAUAUAACAUCAGAGGUUCCAAAAAUAUUUGAUGCUGUAUUUGAAUGCACCCUUGAAAUGAUCAAUAAAGAUUUUGAAGAGUAUCCAGAACACAGAACAGAGUUCUUUUUACUUUUGCAAGCUGUCAAUACACACUGUUUUAAGGCAUUCCUAAGUAUACCACCAGCACAAUUUAAGUUGGUGUUGGAUUCUAUAAUUUGGGCUUUUAAGCACACAAUGAGAAAUGUAGCUGAUACAGGCCUCCAAAUAUUAUAUAGAUUACUACAAAAUGUAGAACAGCAUCCCCAGGCAGCACAAAGUUUUUACCAGACAUAUCUAUGUGACAUUUUGGAGCAUGUUUUCAGUGUAGUGACUGACACAUCCCAUGGUGCAGGCCUCACCAUGCAUGCUACAAUAUUAGCUUACAUUUUCUCUUUGGUCGAAGCUGGACGCGUUACAGUAGCCCUUGGACCCACACCUGACAAUGUCUUGUAUAUACAGGAAUAUGUGGCAAACCUUCUUAAAACAGCAUUCCCACAUUUAACAGACAACCAAAUAAAAAUUACUGUGCAAGGAUUAUUUAACUUGGAUCAAGAUAUUCCUGCUUUCAAAGAUCACCUCAGAGAUUUCUUAGUGCAAAUAAGGGAAUACACUGGUGAAGAUGAUAGUGAUCUGUAUUUGGAGGAACGUUUGUUUGCACUCCGCCAAGCCCAAGAAGAGAAGCGAAGGGUUCAGUUAUCUGUGCCUGGCAUUCUUAAUCCACAUGAAUUACCAGAGGAGAUGCAAGAUUAAAUUCUACUUACUAACAAACAAAACACUAUAUGGUAACAGUUCAUUUCAAAUUUAAAUACAGCAGUUAAGAUUUUAAAAUAUAUGUACAUAUUUAUUAUAUGUCACCCU